GUGUCUUUAAGUGAUUUCUGAAGGUAAGUCGGAAGGCAGAAGGGGUGCACGAGACAGCCGCGCGCACCCGCACCCGAUGUGGACACUCCAAAAAUGUGUUAAGAAUCACAAAAGGUGGAUCUGUUACACUGGAAGAUAAACGCAACAGCUGUUCAUCAGUCGUAAGAAUGUAAUGAUCACCGGUGGAGAUUCCCCAUGCACCUACAUCCCUUCCAUUCCGACCUUCUAGAAUGUUUCUGAAGACGGUUCCUCCGGUGGUGGCUAUUCACUCAGAAUGGAGGUCCAGUAAAAGCUGCAGCCUGCCUCUCUUUUUCAAUGACAGUGCGUCCGACAGCGACCUUGCCUCUGUUAGCGGCACCCCCUUACCACAGAAGAUCCAGAUGAUUAUAGAGAGCCUACACAGCACCCAGUCUUCGGACAUGAGUGAAAACGUGCAGACAGAAAAGGCUGCUCAUUCCAGCCAUGAAGCUGGCUACAAGGGUCAAAUGCAAUGUAUGGACACGUCAGUGAGAUCCCGGGGAGCAGGGGCAGACACUAAGCUACAGACUGCCAGGGCUGAUACUGGCGAUGAUUCAGACAGUGACGAUUCUGUGGACAGGGGCAUUGAGGAAGCUAUUCAAGAGUAUUUGAAGGAGAAGGUGGACCACAAGCGCAAAGGGGAUCUGGUGACAAGUUCGCCCCCAGCGCCCAAACUUCAGCGGAGAGAACCAACUGUCCCAGAAGCUGCUAAACCACACACACAUUCCAGUAGUGCCAAGGUGUUAACUGCUAGCAAUCAUAUCCAGAGAGCCUUGAGUGGGACGCUGGCCUUAAAGAAGAAAGUCAUAAAGAAGAAGCUAAGCAAAGAAAAUCCCUUUAAGAAAGCAGACUCGAGUAAAGUUUUGCCUGUAAAAAGUCUUCCUCUUCCAAGAACUAAGAAAGGAUCUUCCUCGUCUUCUGAGAUGGACAGAUCUCCACCUCGUCUCGUCAUUAAAGAGGAAGAGGAAUGUCUCGAUUCAAGCAGUGAUGAUGGAAUUGAAGAGGAGAUUCAGAGAUUCCAGCAGGAGAAAAGAGAAAAACAGGAAAGUGACAAAGAUGCCCUGAGAUCUUCACGACAAAGGGAGGACGCUGAAUCGAGCAGUGAUGAAGGUAUUGAGGAAGCCAUCCGACGCUUCCAGGAAGACAAACACAAGCAGAAGAAAACGAAAAGUCCUCUCAAACCUGCCCAACUGCUGCCUGCGCAACGUAACAAACCAUCCAUCAUUUCUCCUGAGCGCAUAAGCACUCAGCCACUCAAAGCGCUGUCGAAGAAGAACAACAAGAAGAAAUUGGCAACCAAGAAGUCUAAUCUCCCAACACCACUGGCUGUAAGCCACUGUUUGAACAAGUGUACAUCCCAGGGCGCUAAAGUUAAAGGGUUUACACCUCCUCCUUCAAACCCAAAACAAACCCACACAGAACAUCAGAUCCACUCCAGCCUGAAGGUCAACACUGCUGAGCUGAUGUGUGCAGAAGCCAUUCUAGACAUCUCCAAGACUGUCAUGCCUGAGGUGUUUGAGUCCAACUUGAGCAUUGCUAACAGAAAUUUGCUGCAGACUCCACCAUUCCCCACUGUUGCACCAUCUGAAAAUAAAAGUGACGAGAGCUCCGUUGACAGUGAGGAUGGAAUUGAACAGGAGAUAAGGAAAUUUUUAGAGAAUAAAGCAAAAAUGAACAAAGAGCUUCCGAUAACAGCGGGUGCACCUCCACCAGCUUCAGGAGAUCCAACAGCAAGCAAGGAGCCAAAGAAGAAGACGAAGGAAACACAGCCGAAUAAAGCAGUUAGGCUCUCCCUGUCAAAAAAACGCAAGAUUAAAGAGGAACAAAGCAAACCUGACACAGAUGGUGACUUGGUAUUGAAUGUUAAAGAGGAGCCUCCAGGGACACCUCUGAUUCAUAGUGACACCACCAGACCAGACCUUUCUACCACUCCCACUGUGACAUCACAUUCAAGCAGUCUAACCACCAUAAGAAACAGCAAACAGAAGCAGAACUCUCCACCUUGCAAGGGUUCGGAUGGUAGUGUACCCAAAGACAAAGGUUCCACUUACAGUACAUCCAGCCCAAAGACUGUGACUGGCUCUGAGAGAAAUGACAGCAGUGACAAAAGCAGCUCCCUGGACAGUGAUGAGGACCUAGAUGCUGCAAUUAAAGACUUGCUUAAGACGAAGAAAAAAGUCAAAAAGAAAGUGAGGGACAUGAAGGCAAGAAAAAAUGCCAGACCUUCAGAGGCAUCGUCUUUGGAUGUCACGAAAAAACAGAAACCUUUCACAGACCAGAAGAGUAUCCCACCUGCCAAGCUUAAGUCUGGCAUCUUGAAAGGUGGCAAAGAAACACUGAACGUUCAGGCUAAAAACGACAAGGGUUCUAAAAGCAAAGCUGUUAAAGGCAAAUCAGAAGUCCAGAACAUCAAACAAUCUAAAAGCCCUGCACAAACCGACAAGGUGACUGGGAAUGGUGGGGUUCCCAAGGCAACAGAUGGGGACAUCCCUUCUUCCAGUCCACACGCAGAAGACCAUGACAGUUCUGUUGACAGCGAUGAUAGCAUUGAGCAAGAGAUCAGGAGAUUUCUAGCUGAAAGGGCCAAGGUGUCAACGCCUCUCGCCACAAACAUCAAACAGGAAGAGGCCGUGAACUCCUUGGCCUCAUCUGCAGAGUUUGAUGUUAAACCAGAAAUUCAAAAGAUUCUUAUUGAAACUCCAGUCGCUGCUUCAACGUCAACCUCUGAUAGACUCUGCAAAAGUGAAACGCAAGAGGAAUCCAUAGCCACACCCAUAAUACCCAUAGAUGCACCUGCAGAACUCAACAAGGGACCAGUCCUGACACCAGGCAGCUCUUGCAUUAUGGGUUUCAGGAGGACCGAAAGUCAAAAAUUUGAGAUCUCGACCCCAAGAGAUCCAAAGAACGGCAGCUCCCAGACAGGAAAGGACACUCCAACAAGUCAUGCCAUCAAAACCAACUCCUUCACAACACCCUCAUUGAGGUCAGAAACGCCCCGUUCAUCAGGUCAUCAACACCAAAACCUGUUCCUGUUGACGCCCGUUAACAGCAGUAUGAGCGACGUCAAGGAACCUUCCUCUGCAGACUGUAAUGACUAUCCCAUCAGCCGCCAGAGUAGAUCAGCCGCCAGGAUACCUUUAAGGGAUGUCAUUAGCUCUCUUUGUCCCUCCCCUCUUUCGAAACCUCAGAUUAGUUCUCCUGCAGAUAACCCUGCCUUCAUCACUGGUGACCUCCCGACCUCGGCACCCCCUGGGGGCAGGACAGAGGGACUUUACUUGCAUAACCGCCUGAAAAGGGACAGACACCUUUCCGAUAGACCACACUUAUCCCCCGCCACCUCACAUCUGUGCCAGCCCCACCUGGGCAAUAGCGUAAUCCAGGUGCAACGGGACCAGGCUGCUUUCCCAUCACUCUCAGCAAAGACAAACCUAGCUGAGGUCAACCAAGCUGAGUCGACUGAAUCCACUGCAAGUUUAGGAGAAAAACAAAGGGAGGGAAUAAUUGUUAGCCAGGAAGAGAAAGAGCAGGAUGAUGAGGAAGAGAAAUGUGUUGAUGAGACAGAUGUAGAGUCAGAUGAGGAAAGGAAAGAUCAGAAGACAAAAGACAGGAGGAAGCAGCCCACUAAUCAGUCUCUGUCCACCUCUAUAGAUCCAGGGUUCUUACUAAGUCCAUAUAUUGCCCUGGACAUGGAGGAGAGGAGUCUGAAAUUCCAAACCAGACGCCUCCAUAUUCAAAAGCAGCUAGAGGGCAGCAAAACAGUCAAACGAAGGCUGCAGUUUGUGGUCAGUGUGCCCAGAUAAAUUGAAGCCACUGGAAAAUAUAAUGAAAAGGAGGUUCUCGUGUUCAAAAGAAUAUUGUAAUAGGAAGUAUAUUAUUUAAAUGUAAAAAAGAUAUAUAUUUAAAAUGCAAUUGUAAGUUCUGGUUUUAUUUUUGUUUUUACAUCUUUGUUUUAUCCAUCGUUCUUCAGUUCCAUCAUUUAAAUUGUUCGUUGCAAUCAAAUUGACACUGGUUCCUUGAAUAAAGUUUUUGUUCAUUUCAAAUCA